GGCCCGGCUUAAAGCGGCGCCGUGGGGUGGGGGGGAAGCGGCGGCGGCCCCGCUGGCAGCGCCCGGCCAUGGCCCGUGAUCGCGGCCCCCCCGUGCUCCGGCAGCCCCCUGUCGCUGCUGCUGCCGCCGCCCCCGCCGCCGCUCUCCCCGCCGAGCCCCGCGGCUGGGGCUGGCUGGGAGCGGGGCUGUGGCCGGCGCUGGUGGUGGGGCUGCUGGCCGCCCUCCUCGCCUGGCUGUGGUACGGCGGGAGCGACGGGCGAGGCGACGAGGGCGGCCGCGAGAGAACCCCGCAGGCGAGGGGCCAGGAGGAGGAGGAGGAGGAGGAGGAGGCGGGCGCAGAGGAUCCGCUGGGGAGCGGUGAGCAAGCGCUGCUGGAGGCUAAGGCUGCUGCCCUCUCCAGCUCUCCGAAGCCAGGGGAGGAUCUGGUGGCUGUACCAAGAAAAGAGCUUAACCACGUUCAAAGCGGUGGCAUUUCAGGUGAACCUCUGGAGGUGGAGCAGCUGCUCCCAAAGCAAGGUGCUACCGACUCCGGGGAGCAUCUGACUGACACGCAUGACAGCCACAUGGGCAACGUGAGAUCCCAGGUGGGACCGGUGAGUGAUGGAUGGUGUGUGAUGAACUUGGCAGGAACCUCCAAUGAUGCUUGUAAGGACAGAAACAAGGGGCAGCUGGGUCAGCCAGUGGAAAGUAGGGACCUGGACCAUGAAGACUGGGAAGUUGUUUCUGAGCACCUGGCCUGGGGGGAGGCUGGCAAGAAUACCAGCAUGGAAGACUCUGAGAGCAAGGAGUGGGAACAAGGAGACUGCCCUGACGGGGACUUGAAAGCAAAGAGAGUUGCAGCCGUGCCCCCCAUGCUUCAAAAUAUCCAGGUGACUUUCCGCGUACACUACAUCACUCACUCUGAUGCUCAGCUGAUUGGUGUUACUGGCGACCAUGAGUGUCUCGGCCAGUGGCACAGCUACGUUCCCCUCAAGUCCGACAAGGAUGGCUUCUGGUCUGAAUCCAUUGUUCUGCCAGUAGACACCAGAGUAGAGUGGAAAUUUAUCUUGGUGGAGAAUGGGAAGGUCAGACGUUGGGAAGAAUGUGAUAACAGGACCCUAGUGACUGAACAUGAAGAUCAAAUGGUUCAUCAGUGGUGGGGAUACCAUUAAUGGGACUUUGGAAGCUGCUUACUGAAUGGCAAACCUGCUUAGAUGAAUCACAGAGCCCCUAAACCUUACCCCUUCUUCAGUAGAAGACCUUCUCAAGUGCAGAGCUCAGUAAAUCCUGUAUCAAACCUGGUUAAACUGCAUGAGCAGCAGAUCUCUGCCCGCCCCUUUAGGAAAUCUUUUGGCAACCUGAAAAAUCAACUUCUAACACGUUCUGAAGAUGUGCAAGGUAGGCUACGAAGGCGUGAGCAGCGAUCUAAGCAGCUUCUUGUCCAGGUAAAUCUGGACCCUGGACUGGAGCUUGUGUUGCUUUGAGUGGGGCUAUGGGAUGCAACUUUGUACUGACUACUUAGGGCUUUUGCGGCGUACUGGGAGGUGGGGUUACCUACGCUGUAGUAGUAGGAACUUAAGUGUUUUAACUUAUGUAAUGUAUUAAGUAAGCAAUAAACACUUUCAGACUGACAGUCCUUUACAACUUGA